AUUGAAAAUGCACCAGCGAUAAUCAGCACGGUCGAACAGUGAAAACGGUACAAAUCUGCUGGACUCCCUACCCCCCUCCCCAGCGAAGAAGAAAGAUAGCACCAUGAAACUAGCCAGCUGGAUGUGCCUGCUAAUGCUCCUCCUGGCCAAGCGCGGCCAGCUGUUGCGGGCGGAGUUGCAAGGGCCCACAGCUACAACCGAAACCACUGGGCCCUCUGCCAGCAGCCUGCAGUCAGGAGAGCCACCUAGUCAGGCCGACACGGAAGAGGUAACCACAGCCGAGACAGAUUCCCGGGCUCCGGCCGUCAGCAAUGAGCGGAAGGCGUCUAAGCCGAAGGACGGCACGGAGUUUAUGCCACGGGUGAAUACAGCUGUUCUAUUCGAACGGCUCUUUAACGAUACUCUGAUGAAACAACAGAAGCUAAAGGCCGAGAUCGAGAAAAUCGAAGCCAGUCUACAGGGCACUGUCGAGACCAUUGCGGAGCUAACGCCGGAGCAGUUGGAAGCCCAACUGAUGUAUAACCAAGCCAUCGACAUGCUCGCCAAGCCGCGCACAGACAAACGGGUGGUCUUCACCUUGCUAAAAAAGGCGGCGGCCUUCAAUCAUCGUGAGGCCCGAGCGGCUCUCGCUUGGGCUGUGCUCAUGGGCCACUGGAUGGAGUUCGAUUUCCAUCAUGCUGCCGACGAGUUUGAGAGCUUGGCCAACGAGGGUUUGCCCUCGGCCCACAUGGGACUGGCAUUCAUGUAUUCGGCCGGAGUUGGUGGGAAGAAUGUGAGCCAGCCGCUGGCUUUAAUCCACUACACUCUGGCCGCCCUGGGCGACGACACUCUGGCUCAGAUGGCUUUGGGCUAUCGCUAUUUGUACGGCAUCAAUGUGCCCAUCAGCUGCGAGAAGGCUCUGAUCCAAUACAAGCGAGUGGCCAAGAAGGUGGCCUCGAAAGUAACCUUUGCCAAUGGGCCGGUUGUGCAUCGCGUGCGGCUGCUGGAUGAGCUGGAGAAUCCCGGCAGCCACGAGACUGAGAUUGUCGACUACUACCAGCUGCUGGCCGACAAGGGUGAUGUGCAGUCCCAGGUGGGAUUGGGCCAGCUCUACUAUCAGGGUGGCAAGGCCAUUGAGCAGGAUCAUCAGAAGGCAUUGGAAUACUUUACGCUGGCGGCCAAUGCGGGCAAUGCCAUUGGCUUUGCCUUUCUGGGCAAACUCUAUCUGGAGGGAAGUGAACAGAUUAAGGCGGACAACGAAACAGCCUUUAAGUACUUCUCCAAGGCCUCGGAAACGGGCGAUCCUGUGGGCCUGAGCGGCUUGGGUGUCAUGUACCUGAAGGGCUUGGGUGUUCCCAAGGAUCCAGUCAAGGCUCUGUCCUAUUUCACACAGGCAGCAGACCAAGGCUGGGUUGAUGGCCAGGUCCAGCUGGGCACCAUGUAUUUUACUGGUAAUGGGGUCAAGACUGACUACGGCCUGGCCCUCAAGUACUUCAAUCUGGCCACUCAAUCGGGCCAUGUGUUGGCCUACUACAAUCUUGGGGUUAUGCAUGCCUAUGGCAUGGGGGUGCUGCGCUCCUGCCCGACGGCUGUUGAGUUCUUCAAGUCCGUGUCGGAACGAGGACGUUGGAGCAACAGGCUGAUGCAUGCGUACAGCGACUACAAGCAGAAUCGCAUCGAUGAGGCCUACAUGCAAUACUCCCUGAUGGGCGAGGUUGGCUAUGAGGUGGCCCAGAGCAAUGCCGCCUUCCUGCUGGACCGCGAGGAGGUGCAUGUGUUCAAUGACCGCAAUGAGGACUUGAUUCGAGCCUUUUAUUACUGGAAGCGGGCUGCUGGCCAGGGCUAUUCGGCUGCCCAAGUGAAGCUCGGUGACUACUACUAUUAUGGCUGGGGUACUUCCAAGGAUUUCGAGACUGCUGCUGCUCUAUACAGGAAAGCCUCGGAGCAGCAGUACAAUGCCCAGGCCAUGUUCAACUUGGGAUACAUGCAUGAGCAGGGGCUGGGCAUGAAGAAGGAUUGGCAUCUGGCCAAGCGGCUGUAUGAUCUGGCUGCCGAAACCAAUGCAGACGCCAAAGUACCAGUGGCCAUAGCGCUAUUGAAGCUGCAGUUUCUGGCAAAGAUUGAAACAAUCAAAGAGUCCCCGUAUAAGUUCAUCUUCUAUUUGGAUGAAAACAUAGCCGCCAACUGGGAUUUGUACACGAUUACAUUACUGACUCUGCUGUUGGGAUUUAUCAUGUAUACGCGACGACCAUUCCAGCAACCUGAUCAGAUUGCGGGGCAGCAGCAGCCAGCAAAUAAUUUGGACGCUGCUGCGCAGGUUCAGAUGGUGCCUCCGGUAGCUGCCGACGCAACAGCAGCCGCUCCUGCACCCGAACCCGCACCCGCACCGGCACCGGCACCGGCACCCGAACCAGAUCCUUCAACGGCUGCUGGCACAUCAAAAGCGACGGCGACGGCGGCGGCAACGUCUAAUGGCAACGGUGCGACAGAGGCGGCGUCGAGUGGCGCCAGCGCCAAUGCGAAUGCUCUCGAUCCCACUGAUUAGUCUUAGUGAGAGUUGGUUUAAUCAUCCCCCCCCUAGUUUAAUUUAGUGUGCGUGUAAAUAUUUAUCAUCUAAUUUCGCCCGAUUUAAUAUUUUCUAUUAACUCAAAAACGACCUUUUAGAUAUCGUACUCAAAUUAUAAAUGUUGUACUGAUCAAAAAAAUCAAAGAAAAAACCGAUUGUGAAUAUGUGAA